CAGUAAACUCAGGAGGGAAACAAAGAGCUGACGCCGACGUACUGACGCAACCAACAUGGCGACGCCUAUGCAUCGAUUAAUUGCUCGCAGACAAGCGGAGGCCAACAAGCAGCAUGUUCGCUGUCAGAAGUGUCUGGAGCACGGACACUGGUCCUACGAGUGCACUGGGAAAAGAAAAUACCUGUACAGACCUUCCAGAACCGCCGAGCUGAAAAAGAAGCUGAAAGAUGACUCUGAGAAAGUGGAGACUGACCCUGGAGAUGGACCUGUGGCUCUGAGUGAAAAGAAAACAAAGAAAAAAAGGUCUAAAUCCUCCAGCGGGUCGAGUAGCAGCAGCAGCAGCAGCGAUUCGGGCAGCUCCUCUAGCGACUCGUCAUCAGACAGCAGCGACUCGUCCACCUCGUUGUCCUCUUCUGAGGAUGAAGACAGCAGCACCAGUGACAGUGAAGACACUUCCAGCUCUUCCUCCUCCUCAUCGUCCUCUUCCUCCAGCUCUGACUCAGACUCCGACUCCUCCAGUGGCAGCAGCUCUGACCAGGGCCCACCAAAGAAAAGGAAAAAGAAGAAAUAAAAACCUCACCGUCUGCAUUUCUGGUGUUUCAUUGUUUUAUGGUACUCUGAUUGUUCUGGGGGGAAAAAGAAUCCCUGUAAAAUUCUGUCACCUAUCUUUCACUGCUUUAAUUUUUAAAAAAAGCGGCAUCUGUAAACAAAAAGGAGACGAAUACUGGAUCAUUUCACCUGCAGAGAAGAACACAGAUUGUUCGGAGCAGAUGAUUAUUUUUGUUGUGUUGUUAGUUACUGCCAGGGGAAAGAAUUGUUCCUUUUUUCUUUAACUUUACUGUUCUCUUCUCUUUCUUUCAUUUCCAUUUUUGGUAGACUUUCUGUUUAUGGAAUAUGUAUAGGCUUUUUUUUUUCUUUUUUUUUCAGUUUUCCAGAAGGUGCAGGUUGUUCUUUCUGUUUCACAUGGAAUGAAUGAAUGACAUGAAGAUUUUAUUUGGCCCUGUGAGUUACCAACGUUACAGCAUAUAGUACAACUGAGCGAGAGUGUGUUUGUGAGUGUGAGUGUGUGAGUGAACUGAUCUGACCAUCUGAAAUAUACUGUUUUGUUUUGUUUUAUAAUUUCCCACGUGAACAGACAGCUGGAUCAUAUGAAUAGAAGAACCUUAUUAAGAUCCUUUCCUUUUUUGGUUCUAAAGUCAAUCCAGAAUAAAUUAAAGUUUGUAUUUACA